UUGACUGUUUCAGCCGAGAGAACACCUCUUCAGAAUAGGUUGCUCUUUCAUGUAUCGCACAAACUCGGAGACGAAAAAAGGCUUAUGGCACAUCAUCAAUUACUUAGCAAUACUAUGGAGGAUCAGUUAUCGUUAGCAUCUAUUCACUACAUGCGUAUGCACUACACAGAAGCGAUCGAAAUCUAUAAGAGCAUUCUAGAAGAACAUAUUUUUUUGUUUAUGUUAAAACUGAAAGUGCCAUUUGUUUUACGCGUUUUUCGAAGAGGACAACGUUUUCAUAAAAUUACAAAAAGAUUAGCUCAAGAUCAUUUUGUUCAGGUGGUGUUUAAUGAUGGUGAUGGAGCACUACAGGUGUUCCCUGGUUUGAUGGAUACGCUACCAGAGGCGAGGAUCAAUCUAAUUUUGUACCAUCUGAAAAGAGGUUAUGCUAUAGCUCAUUGUACUGAUCUUGAACCUCAGACUACCACAGAAUUUCUGGUCAAAGCCGUUACGUUUGCCUUUUGGGGACAAAUGAAGGAAUCGGUGAGAAGACUGCACAGCGAUUCACUCAAUUCGUAUCAUUUCUUACAGUGGGAGCUAAACCAUACGAUUCCUGGUCGUCAGAGCAUGGCAUGUUCUCUCUUUCUCAGCGGCCAAUAUGAUGAUGCAUUAGUGUAUUUGAAUUCGAUUCAGGUUCUCUUUUCUCCCGAAAUGCAAUGCGGCAUGUGGAAGGAAGCUGAGGAACAUUUUCUCGCCAUUGCAGGACGAGAUAAAGACAAACCAACCUUCAAGUACAUGCUGACGAAAACUUUUAUCAUGAACCAUAAACCCCAAAUGGCAUGGGAUAUGUACACGAGAUCAGUCGAUCCGAAGGAAUCAUUCAACAUCCUGAGGAUCAUCGCCACGGAUUGCUAUACGGUUGGAGAAUUCUACUAUGCAGCUAGGGCUUUCGAUGGCCUCGAGAAAAUCGACCCAUCACCUGAAAAUUGGCAAGGAAAACGUGGUGCCGCCUGCGGUCUGUUUAAGAUUGAGCAAAUGUCGGAGGUUCUGCAGUUGCUGGAUCGUGGGAACCAUCCUCAAGCGGAUUUCGUCACAUCAACUAUACGGAAAUGGGCUAAGAAACAUGAUGUCAAUUUAGAAUGA